UCUUCCUCUUUCCCCUCCUUUCACUGGCCUAUGAGGACCCUCGUGCGAAUCUAUGUGAUGGUACCAUCACCUACGCCCCUAAUUCUACCUUCUCCUCCAAUCUAGACAGAGCUCUCCAGACUCUUCAGAACACUACUGCCUCCAACGGUUUCGCCACCACGAUCGCCGGCAGCAUUAGCCAGACAGUGACAGCCCUCGCCCUCUGUCGUGCUACCAUAACCCCAUCAGAUUGCCAGCUAUGCAUCGAUGCUGCCACAUCGGGCAUUCGAAAUGUAUGUCCCAAUGGAACAGCAGCUCAGGUGUGGUACACCCUCUGCAUGCUGCGGUACUCCAGCCAGAACUUUGUGAACAAAACUGACUACACCAUCGCCUUCAUCUUGGUUGAUACUCGCGAUGCUCCAGAUCCUGAUCAUUAUGAUGCGAAAACUAAGAUGUUGAUGCAGAAUCUGUCGUCCACUGCCGGCGUAUCUGAGAGGAGAUAUGCAGUGGGAAGAACAACAGCACCAGAAAACCGCACCCUCUAUGGCUAUGUUGAUUGCACUCGUGACGUCGAUGGAGAUAGCUGCAAGCGAUGCCUAUUGACAACAACAAGUGCCGUAGACUCUUGCUGUUUGGAUCGAUGGGCGGUUUGGAUUGCUACACCAACAUGCAAUAUCCAGUUCGAUAUGGAUCCUGUGCAUGAUGAUUGGGUCAAUGGCCCUUAUAUCAACACAGAUACGACUCCAUCUCCAGCACUGGCGCCGGCCCUAGCGGCAUAUAAUCAUGCUGGAAGUGGAAGUCUGGUAAUCAAAAUUGCUGUUGCUUUAACAGUUGGAACAGUUGGAAUAGUUGUUUUGGCAGUUGUGGUACUGUGUGUUGUCAAGUGGAGGAAAAGAGACGAAGUGGAGAGAGAAGGCUUUGAAGUUGCAGAAGAAGACAGUGAGGGAAUUGGGACGAGAUCUUUCCUGUAUGAUUUGGAAGUUUUGGUUGCUGCAACUGAUAAUUUUUGUUUGGCAAAUCGGCUGGGUGCCGGUGGGUUUGGGAGUGUCUAUAAGGGGGUGAUGGAAAAUGGUGAAGAAAUAGCAGUGAAGAAGCUGGCACCUGGUUCCACACAAGGCAGAGAAGAGUUCUCAACUGAAGUCAGACUAUUAUUGAAGCUACAACACAGAAAUCUUGUACGGCUGUUCGGGUGUUGUGUUGAAGGAGAAAAUAUGAUGUUAGUUUACGAAUACCUACACAACAAGAGCCUUGACCGCCUCAUCUUUGAUAAGAGCAAAAGUGCAUUGCUAGACUGGACAAAGCGUUACAACAUCAUAAUUGGUGUGGCACGGGGGCUUCUUUAUCUUCAUGAAGAUUCACAACUUAGAAUCAUACAUAGAGAUAUCAAAGCAAGCAACAUCUUACUUGAUGGAUUGAUGAAUGCAAAAAUAUCAGAUUUUGGUCUGGCGAAGCUAAUUAACGACGAACAAACCCAUCAUAGAACACAGCGGAUUGUGGGAACAUUUGGUUAUAUGGCUCCAGAAUAUGCAAGCAGAGGCUUCAUGUCUUCCAAGAUUGAUGUCUUCAGCUUUGGUGUGUUGAUAUUAGAAAUCAUAAGUGGAAGAAAGAAUUAUGACAUGGAAUUUGAUGAGCAAGACUGCGAGCUCCUGAAAUUUGCAUGGAGACUAGAAGAAGAAGGGCGGCUAACAGAUUUGGUAGAUGUCACUAUUGGUUCUUUCCCUCUAGAUCAUGUAUUGAAAUGCAUUCGCAUUGGGUUAUUGUGCUGUCAACGAUCUAUACGAGCUCGGCCAACCAUAUCUUCUACAGUUUUAAUGCUCUUAAAUGAUUCAGCAACAAUGUCAAAUGGAGGAACGCAUGACUACCAGAAUAUAAGUGACCGUGUCAGCCCACACAACAACAUCAAUGCCCCUGCAAACCCGGAAAAUGGGUCUUUCUCUAUGAAUUCUAUUACUUUUUCAUCAGCAAAUGGUAGGUAAUUAUUUAGUAGAUCAGUGUUUUCAAUAACUAUUAAGCUACUUCAUUUCCAAAUUAAUAUAUCCAUAUGUCAAUGUACACGAACACAUAAAAACUGACAUGUGUUCAAAGCUACUCGAGGAUGAGAUCAAUGUGUCAAA